AUGGUUUACUUACUACCACUUAUACUGAGUUGUGCCAUCAGCGUAGCGGCAGGCGAUGCGUUGCUGCCAUCUCAUGACCGGAACCCAGGAGGCGUAUUUCAGAGGGCGUCUUGCACUCCCACAACUGCAAACUCUCCGUCAAGUGACGAUGUACCAUCCAUUGUCGAUGCCUUCAAGAAAUGCGGCAAUGGGGGCACCAUAACUAUUCCAAAAGGCACCACCUACAUUAUCGGCUCAGUGCUCAACUUUGAAGGGUGCAGCAACUGCGACUUCCAACUCGAGGGCACUCUGAAGGUGUCAGAAAACUUCACUUACUGGAACGGCAAGCAAUCCAUCAUCAACAUCAAGAACAUUAACGGCGCUAAAAUCCGGAGCCUCAGCGGCGCAGGCGUCAUCGACGGCAACGGCCAAGGCUCCUGGGACAAAUUUGCAACUGACAAAACAUACGACCGCCCGACUCUUCUGUACAUUACCGGAUCGUCAAACAUUGAGGUUUCUGGAAUUGCGGUCAAGGAUCCUCCUUCGUUUGGUCUUUCGGCGGCUGGAGGUUCCACAAACGUUGCGUUUUCCGAUAUCUCGCUGUCGGCCUUCUCCAAGUCAUCCAACCUCCCCAAGAACACUGAUGGCUUCGAUAUCGGCCCGGCGUCUCAAGUCAGGCUUCAAAACAUCACAGUAAACAAUGACGACGACUGCGUAGCGUUAAAGGCCGGUGCCAACUUCGUCGAAAUUCGCAACAUCACUUGUUCUGGUAGCCAUGGCCUCAGCAUCGGAAGCCUGGGCAAGAGCGCUGGCAGCACAGACUUUGUCAAGAACGUGUAUAUCGGCAACGCAAUCAUGAAAAAGUCAACCAAGGCCGCGGGCAUCAAGGUGUACCCUGGUGGGAGUACACAUGGCGUCGCGACUGUGAGCAACGUCACUUGGGACGGUGUAGUUGUCGACCAAAGCGACUAUGCGUUCCAGGUUCAGACUUGCUAUGGGGAAACCGCAGAAUUUUGUACUUCCAAUCCGCCAACUGCACAGAUAACCGACAUCACGGUGAAGAACUUUUCUGGAACUACUUCUCCCAAGUAUAAGGGGGUGACGGCAAACAUUAACUGCCCUGUCAAGGGAUCUUGCAACAUCAAAUUCGUCGACUGGAAGGUUAAGCCAAGUAGCGGGACUGCCACAGUCGCUUGCGCGAACUCUAGCGGUGUCACUGGUGUGACGUGUUCUCCUGGGGCUUCGGGUUAG